GUGAUACCUACCAAAAUGCUUUAAAGACUGAGAAUGAAGUGAUUGUAGAAUUCGACACUGAUAUAGAGACGAUAGUUAACCGGCUCUGUUAUUCAUACUUCAUGGGAUCAGUUUUAACCAUUUGAAGAAUAAUAACAUUGACAAGUUUCGGAAAUAUGUGCUGAAACUACAAGUUAUGCCACUCGUUGGGAAGGAGGCAUUGGAAAAACUACAUUAGCCAAAAGAGUCUAUGAGCAUCCAAUUACUAUUCCUAGCUUUGACAUUCGAGCAUGGGUAGUUGUGUCUAAAGUUCAUAACCUCAAAGAGAUGCUCAUUGGUUUGCUACGUUGUAUUUCACCGAUCACUAGUGAAAUUUACAACAUAGAUGAGGCUCAGAUAGCUGAGGAAUUAAGCACGAGUUUGAUGGGCAAGAAGUAUUUAAUUUUCUUAGAUGACAUAUGGACCACUGCUGCAUGGGAUGCCAUCCAAGGAUAUUUUCCAGAGAAUUUUAACGGAAGCCGAAUCCUAGUAACUACUCGGUUCAAAGAGGUGUCUGAAUACUUAAGUACGAUUCCCUACCUAGUGACGCCUCUAAGUUAUUGCUAUCGUUGGGAAUUAUUUUCAAGGAAAGUGUUUGGGCAAAGCCAAUGUGUUCCCAGUGAAUAUAAGCCAAUUGGGGAACGCAUUAUUCGUGAUUGUGGUGGAUUACCCCUAGUAGUUGUUUUAAUUUCCGGACUUUUGGCAACAUCAAAAGGGUCUCGAGAAAUAUGGGGAGAUGUUGCCCGAACUUUGGAAGGAGAUUGUAGGUAUAGUAAUCGCUUAAGAAUUCCAGAAAUAGUUUCAUUAAGCUACAAGUACUUACCUAUUCAUUUGAAGGCUUGCUUUCGUUAUUUUGGUGUGUUUCUAGAAGACAGUGACAUUCCUGUUAAGAAAUUAAUCAACUUAUGGCUUGCAGAGGGAUUUAUAAAGCCACAUAAGAAUAUGAGUUUGGAAGAAGUGGGAGAGAGUUACUUGCAUGAUCUCAUUAAUAGAAGUCUUGUUCAAAUUAAUGAGCUAAGUAUUGACGGCAAAGUUAAAUCAUGUAGCAUUCAUGAUCGAGUGCACGAGGUUUGUGUGAGAGAAGCAAUUGAUGGCAAUACAUUGUGCAUUAUCAAUGACAACCAUGCUCCAAAGGCUAGUCAUUGGUUAAGUUGUCAAACAAGUCAUUGGCCAAUCACUCGGGCGAGCUAUGGGAAUUGCAGUCCUAAUAAAAUCCAUUCUGUUCUCUGCUUUGGUAAAGAUGUAAUCCAUUCAAAAUGCAAGUUUGUAUACCCAUGUUUGAAAUUGCUAAGAGUAUUGGAUUUAUCAUUAGUUAAAUGCUCACAAGGCAUGCCUCGUGAAAUAACAGACUUGGUUCAUUUGAGAUACUUGGCUUUAAGUACCAUUGGUUCUCUUUACGAGUUUCGAUUUUUCAAGCUUAAGAAUUUAAUAACUCUCAUAGUUACUUCAUGGAUUGAAAAAUGUCCUUUGCAACUGCCAUGUGAUAUUUUGGAUUUGCCACAAUUGAGGCAUUUGCAUGUUGACAAGAGAUGUUCACAGUAUCUCCCUUGCUUAGUCAAAAAAGAUCUACAAACUCUUUAUUGGUUGAAAGUUGCUAGCUCCGAUGACAAACCAAACUUCGGAAUGGUUCCGAACCUAAGGGAACUUGGGAUUUUCAUUGAAGGCCAACUGGCGCCUAGCUAUCUAGGGAGCCUUGUGUAUUUACAUCUACUUGAGAAGUUAAAGUUUGAAGUAGGAAGAGUUGAGCGCUUUAAUCUACCAACAGGUUUUCCACCAAACCUUAAGAAGUUGACACUUCGUUAUACUUAUCUUCCAUGGAAGGAGAUGGACACAAUUGGCAAGUUGCCGCGCCUUGAGGUUCUUAAACUAAAAGAUUUUGCCUUUUGUGGCCCAACGUGGGAACCAUCGAAGCAAGGCUUUCGAAAAUUAAAGGCACUUCUUAUUUCACAUUCAAAUCUCGAACAUUGGAAUGCAAGUUCUAAUCAUUUCCCAGUUUUGGAGCGCCUUGUUUUAAGAUAUUGUUGGGAAUUGAAACAAGUUCCAACUAAGUUUGCAAAAAUUGGAACACUGAAUUUAAUUGUAUUAGAAUGUUGUUAUUCUUCUCUUGUGACUUCUGCAGUGCAGAUUUCUUCUGCAAAAAGUAGAACAUUAAAGGGAAAGGCUCCACUUCGUGUUCGUAAAGUUGGAACUAAGGUUGAAUUGCCUAUUAUUGAAAGCUCUGAAGAAGAAAGUGUCGAAAGCUCUAAGGUUGAAUUGCCAAAUAAUGAAAGCAUUGAAGAAGAAAGUGUGGAAAGCUCUGAAGAAGAAAGUGUGGAAAGUUCUAAGGUUGAAUUGCCAAAUAAUGAAAGCUUUGAAGAAGAAAGUGUGGAAACCUCUGAUGAAGAAAGUGUGGAAAGCUCUAAAGAAGAAUGUGUGGGAAGCUCUAAGGUUGAAUUGCCAAAUAACGAAAGCUUUGAAGAAGAAAGUGAUGAAAGCUCCAAAGAAGAAUCUGUUGGAAGAUCUAAGUCCAAUGCAGCAGAUUGAAGUAUGACGUUCAUCAUCUCGCUUUCGGGAUAAAACAAACAGAGAGCUGAGCUACGAUUUCUUGCUGCAAUUCUUCAAUUGAACUCUUCAAUUGAACCUCGGUCAGUACGUACUGGUGCAUCAAUAUAAUGUGUUGUAUUUUUGGUUUUUAUUUGAUCUGAACAAUUCAGCUGUGUGUGCUAUGAUGUUUCUCUGCUCCAAUGACACCAUGGCUAAGUUGUAACAAUCCACUGUUCAAUUCAGUAUUUUUUUUUUACAACAUAUUGAAAUGUUUUAGAACAUAA